AUGGCCAGCGACGGGGCGAGGAAGCAGUUCUGGAAGCGCAGCAACAGCAAGGUCCCGGGCAGCAUCCAGCAUGUGUACGGAGCCCAGCAUCCCCCUUUCGAUCCCCUGCUGCACGGCACCUUGCUCAAGUCCAUGCCCAAGGUACCAACCACCCCAGUGAAGGCCAAGAGGGUCAGCACCUUCCAGGAGUUUGAGAGCAACACCAGCGAUGCCUGGGAUGCAGGCGAGGACGAUGAUGAACUCCUGGCCAUGGCGGCGGAGAGCCUGAACACAGAGGUGGUCAUGGAGACGGCCCACCGUGUCCUUCGUAACCACAGCCAGCGGCAGGGGCAGCACACCCUGCAGGAGGCACCAGGCCCCGAGCAGAGGCCGAGCCCUGUGGCAGAGCCACUGUCAGCCCCGGGUGGAGACCUCCGUCUGGUGAAGUCCGUCAGCGAGAGCCACACGUCCUGUCCUGCAGAAAGUACCAGUGAUGCUGUCCCUCUGCAGAGGUCCCAGUCUCUCCCGCACUCGGCCACUGUCACACUGGGUGUGACGUCAGACCUGAGCACCCUCAGCAGCUCCGCGUUGAGUGAGAGAGAGGCCUCCCGGCUCGACAAGUUCAGGCAGCUGCUUGCCGGCCCCAACACAGACCUUGGUAAGUGCCCAGCAGCUCGGAAGACAUGA